UCCAUUUCUCCAUUUCCGCUCGCGUCAGUCAGACCGCCCGCAUAUUCCAGCCUCAGCUCUCAAUCAAGUGUGAACACGUUCCGCAUCCCUCCACCGCCAUGCCUCCCAAGAAGACCGAAGGUGCUGCCCCCAAGGCCAAGUCUGGCGCUGCUCACGCCAGCUACCAGGACAUGAUUACGGAUGCCAUUGUUAAUCUCAAGGAUCGCAAUGGUUCUAGCCGCCAGUCUCUGAAGAAGUAUGUCAAGGCCAACAACACCCUGAACGUCUCGGACAACAUGUUCGAUUCUCUCUUCAACAAGGCCCUCAAGGCCGGUGUUGAGAAGGGCAUCUUUGCCCAGCCCAAGGGCCCCUCUGGAGGCACCAAGCUGGCCAAGAAGAAGCCCGAGGCCAAGAAGGUCGCUGCUCCCAAGAAGGAGAAGGACGCCACUGCUAAGAAGGCCACUACCACCAAGAAGGCCGCCCCCCCCAAGAAGGCCAAGGAGGGCGAGAAGAAGGAAAAGAAGGAGAAGAAGGAGGGCGCUACCACCACCAAGAAGGCUGCUGCUCCCAAGAAGGCCACCGCCACUACCAAGAAGACCAAGGAGGCUCCCGCCAAGCCCGAGAAGCCUGAGACCGUUCUGACCAAGACCAAGUCCGGCCGUGUUGCCAAGACCCAGAAGCCCGCUGCCACCAAGAAGGCCGCACCAAAGAAGGCUGCUGCUCCCAAGAAGGAGAAGGCUGCUGCUGCCGCUCCCGCAGCCGCCGCCGCCACCAAGGCGUAAUUGUUCCCUUUGGCGUGAGCAAAAGCAGCUUUUCUUUUACUUUUUUGUAUCCUUGAUGAAUGUGGCACGGCGUUUUUGGGGUUGCAAAUUAUUACUACGGGUCGGGCAAGGGAGAGCCUGGGUUGGCUCGGGAUUGAUUGAUUGCUGUUUUGGCGGUGCGCAGGAAUGAUGUUUGUUUUGAUACGCGCACUCUCGGACGCGCUGGGCACGGCAUUAUCGCACUAUAUAUGUGACUUUCCUGGAAUGAGCUCCCCAGUGGGGGGGCGGAUCACUAUAUUUUUUCUUCCCACAAGACUGAUCUUGUCCGUCCGUGUCCUGUGUUGUAAAAAGUUUGCGCGUUUUCGCCUUCUCUGGUGGGCGGAUACUGUGGGCAAAAACGACAAGAACAACAGAAGCGUCACGGUGUCUGAGGACUUGGGCAUGUGCUUGGUGUAAUAGUACUUUGAGAAAUAUGAUAGACUUGUACAAUCUAUAUUAAUUCACCUG